AUGCCGAACAGAGUGCAAACUGGGCCCAGAUACAACAACACACAGCUUUUCCUUCUGGUAUCAGAUAUAGCAUGCUGCGUGUUAUGGACAGCCGUCAAUGCCCGUUUGUUGGUACUCCUUCCACUAAUCGGCAUCCGAUUUCUUCCUGGAGGCAUUGCCGACUUCUUUCUCACAGUCAAUUUUGGUACCGUACUCAUCGAUUUGUUUGACUAUGUCACUAUAUUCGGAAAAGUAGCUUCUUCAACAGCAUUUUCCGUUCCUCGGCCUAUGCCACUUUUUUUUACGUGUUUAGAACGAUUUAUCACAUCAGCAGUCAUCCUCAGCUACCCACGUUCAGCUCGAUGCAAAGCAUUUGCCACUUUAAUAUACGCGGAAUCGCUUCUUGAGUCUAUCAGAUGCUAUUACAACUUUUAUAAGGUUCGCACGUUUGGACGUCAUCAUCGAAUUCUCAGGGCCAUCAAAAAGCUCAGCUAUACAAUUCUUGUUCCAGUGCAGACUGUGUGUGAGCUCAUUUUGCUAUUCACCGCCUUGCAAUUUGAUUCCUACUACGAUAUUUUGAACGGUUACAGUACCGAGAUCAAAACAACCAUCCGAGUUUUGGCCAUUUUCUAUCUCCCAUGCUUCUAUGCCAUUUACAGGCGCAAGAUCUACGAGUAUUACUACUUGGACUGGAAAAAUAAAGGAAAGCAUGAAAAGCAGACGUGA